CCCAUCUACCGAACCGCAUAUAUAAGGACCAGAGACACCAGACAUUGGCAUCACACAUCUCUUUACAUCCCAAGUACACACAUCGACCACAGGUUGAAGUUUGCAGAUUCGUCGUAGACAACACAAGAAGAAAUCAACAAAUAAGAAAUGGCUUCUUUCAAGAAUCUGAUAUUCAUCGCCUUGGCCGUGUACGCCGUGUCCGCCGAAGAAAACAAACCCGCCGAAGAUGGAGCAAGAGUGAAGAAACACGCUUACGUCGCUGCUGUUCCAGCUCCGGUCUUGGCUUACUCUGCACCAGCCCCAGCAUACUCGUACUCAUCAUACUCUAAUUACCCAGCCAGCUACACUUACAAAUACGCCGCUCCAACUGCUUACGCCGCUCCAGCUGCUUAUGCCGCUCCGGCUGCUUACGUCGCACCGGCUGCCUAUGCCGCCACCCCGUACGCCGCUUACUCGAGUUACGCAGCUUACCCGAGCUACGCCGCCUACCCGAGCUACGCAGCUUACGAUGAUGGAAAAUACUACCCAGGCAAAUACGAGAAGUCGUACUACCCAGCAGGCUACAAAGCAGCAUACCCGGUCGCCUAUCACUACUGAACACCCGCACUCGCCCAUGAUUCUCAAACUUUCGACAAAACACUUAGAUUUAAAAAUAUGCAAUUUUCAAAAAUAAAAAAGUGAUCCUUUUUUCGUAAA